ACUCUGACCCUCUACAAUGAUUCAAAGAACGUAGUCCUAUACACUCUGGUCCUCUACAAAGAAUUAAAUCAUGUAGUCCUAUAUACUCUGAUCCUUUGAAAUGAGUUAAAUCACGUAGUCCUAUGCACCCUAAGCCUCUAAAAUUACUUAAAUCACGUAGGCCUAUACACUCUGAUCCUCUAUAAUGAGUUAUAUCACUUAGUACUAUACACUCUGAUCCUCUACAAUGAGUUAAAUCGCGUUGUCCUAUACACUCUCAUCCUCUACAAUGAGUUAAAUCACCUAGUCCUAUUCAUUAUGACCCUCUACAAUGAGUUAAAUCACGUAGUCCUAUACACUCUGAUACUCUACAAAGAGUUAAAUCACGUCGUGUUAUACACUGUGAUCCUCUACAAUGAGUUAAAGAGUUAAUACAGCCAGCACAUGAACUACUCGUUGUCAUAUUAACUACUCGUUGUCACAUUAACAGUUAAAUUCUGGAUUUCAUGAAUUUUAUUUCGACUGUCUUUCAUAACAAACCCGGAUUUUAGGAUAUAUUUAGUAUCGGUACGGUUAUAUCGUGUCCGAUACGAUAAAUAUCGCGAUCUUUGUAUUGAACUUGUUUUAUUUCAAUAAAGGACACUUAUUUGUACAAACAUAAGAGCAGUGUUUGGUAUUAUAAUAUUAAUAGUUUGACAUGAGGAGUGGAAACAUCACGUGAGCAACAGCGAUUUCUUCCGUGUAUUUAUUUUGCAAAAUCUUUAAUUGAACUGAUUUACAUGAAAUAUUAAACUAGAACGUCCUUUAAAGGGUUUGAAGUUAGCUAUGGAGUACAUAGUCCUUUGUGUUAUGUGUGCUUCACAUUGAAAUUAACUGUGAAGUACAAAUGUUUGUAUUCUCUGUACUUCACAUUGAAAUGUAUUUCUCUGAUAUCUAGUGACGUCACCAACUUCAGCUGGUAUGAGUAUCAAACCAUAUCUUUUCUGCUAUUGUCUUCAUUUUAAACAAAACAAUUAAUUUUAGAUAUUGAUUGAUAGAUAGAUUUGAUUGAUAUAUUGAUCACUGUUCGUUAUCUUUACCUUUCAUGAAUGAUGGUUCAGUUAUUUACUUCAUAUAAUUCACGUCUUGGGACAUAAGAGAAGAAAUGAAAUAGUUUAUGUCGAAAUGAUUCGAGACUAAAAUAACUAGGGACGAACUUCCCUGUUUAUGUAGAAAUAAACUGAGACUAAAAUAACUAGGGACGAACUUCCCUAUUUAUGUAGAAAUAAACUGAGAUUAAAAUAACUAGGGACGAAUUUCCCUGUUUUCAACAAUCCUCUUCCGUCAGAAAACGUGAUGAAACGAGGAAUACAAUUGCAAACAGACUGCACAGUUCAUCACAACAUAACUAUCUGUUGACCGAUUUACUGUGACACAAUCAGAUGAAUAUAUGUCGAGGCCUCUGCUGGUGGACUGUUAGUCCACGAGGGUCUCUCGAGCCCAAUGGCUAAGUACUUUGUUACUAGCUUGAAAAUACGGAUGUAUAUUUAAUUGCUAUUAUAAAAUUUAGAAAUUCAUUUCAAAAUUAAGGAUUAUCUCUCUCACGUAUAGCUCUUAUGCAAGGUGAAGUUAACGAAAAGUGUUCAACCUCAUAACUCCUACAAGCAAUACAAAAUAGAUAGUUGGGCAAACACGGACCCUUGGACACACCGGAGGUGGGAUCAGGUGCUUAGGAGGAGUAAGCAUCCCCUGUUUACCAGCCACAUCCGCCGUGAGCCCUAUAUCCUGAUCAGGUGUCUGUUGAUUUUAAAACAGAUUAAUAGGAAUAUUCGCCGAAGCGUACUGUGACGUCACGAUUCGGGCAUGCGUGUAAACUGGUUGGCAGAACCAAAAAUUGAUCAUGGCGCUUAGUAUGAAGAAGUCUACCGAUAACGAUAUUUUAUCAACAUAUGCGAACUCUUUGUCAGAAGAAGCGAAAAGGAGAUAUACGGUAAAGUUGCUGUACAACCGUGGUACCUGUUCUCUGCCUGAUCCUUACCAUUUAACGGAGAAUUGGAGUCGACUCCCAGAUACCUGGCCAGAUCUGACGUUCGGUGAUAUUUACCUGUACCUGAUCGACACGCCAUCUUUGUUUACAAAGGAGUCUAUGAAGGCCUACAAAUCAUUAGAUGCUUACAAGUACGUAUUGAGUGGACAUGUGCAGGAAGUGAUCUCUCAUCAGAUUGACGAGAAUUGUCCAUAUAUGACAUUAAAGACCAAAGUAACACCUUCACAGAGAGCCAGAGACAAACCCCACGAACCAUGGGUGUAUUUGGAGAAGGCCAGUGGAUCAGUGUACUGUGCACACUGCACAUGCAUGGCAGGACUUGGAGAAGUUUGCAGUCAUGUGGCAGCGUUGUUGUUUAAAGUGGAGAUGGCAGUGAAGAUGGGCUUAACAAAGUCUAGUUCUACCAGCAAGGCCUGUCAGUGGAAUUGCACAUUUCGAAAGGAGGUGACACCAGCCACAAUUACAGAAAUAUACAGCCAAAUAAAGGGAAAACGGACAAAGGAAAUUGAUUCUGUCCAAGCACAUGGCUCAGCACCUCUUCCACCACAAAACAUUCUUCAAGAAUUGUACGCCAUCGCACCAAAUGCUGCCUUUUUCACUUCCUUGAGUGGAAUGACAUCAGUAACUGAUCAAGUUGAACCAAAAUAUCCAAAACUAUUAUCUACCUUACGACAAGAUGACAUUGAAGGCAACAUUCCCGAUUUGUGUGAAGUAUACCAGUCAUACUCAGUGUCUGCCAGCCAAGUCAGCAACUUGGAGAAAGCAACAAGAAAUCAAAGCAUUAGUCCUUUGUGGUACCAGCACCGAAUGGGAAGGAUCACUGCCUCUAAAGCCCAUGACGUUCUUGUGAGAAGAGACUCAACUUCACCAGAUAACUUGGUAAGACGUGUAGCUGGUUACAGCGUGUAUGACUUGUCCAAGAAUACUGCUGUGAAAUGGGGUAUAUAUACUGAAGAGGAGUGCAGGCAGGCAUUUGCCAGUCAUCAAAAAGGAAACCACCUGAACUUCAAAUGUCAGUUAUCUGGAUUUGUGAUUGAUCCUGCCCCCUUCUUAGGAGUUAGUCCAGAUGGCAUGAUAAGCUGUGAUUGUUGUGGGAAAGGUGUUUUAGAGAUUAAGUGCCCCUAUAAACACAGAGAUAUUUCAGUUGAGGAGUCAGCACAGAAGGAUGGAGACUUCUGUCUUGACAAGUUGUUACAGUUAAAGACAAGUCACAGAUACUUUACCCAGGUACAGAUGCAGAUGUGUAUCACGAAAUGCCAGUAUUGUGACUUUGUAGUUUUCACCAAGUGCCAACCAUCUGCAAGCAUGGUGAUAGUACGAAUUUUUUGGGAUGAGCAGUUCUGCAGAAUAUUGCUGGACAAAUGUGAGAGGUUUAUGAAAACCCAUGUCCUAAAGGAACUGUUAACAAGGCAGUUGGAGGAACAGCCCACAUCCUCUGUCCAAGGCGCACCUGACAACAACAACGGAGAGAGGACCACUUGGUGCAUAUGCAAGGAGCCUGAGUAUGGUCGAAUGAUUGAGUGUGAAAGUGAAGGAUGUGUGUACCAAUGGUUUCAUUACCCAUCUGUUAACAUUCGACGCAAACCCCGUGGUCAGUGGUUCUGUCCAAGUUGCAAUACAUGACUGCAAAUUGACUAAGAUAUUGUUCUCAAUUGACGUAUAGUUUUCAUGAUUGUUUUCUUCUUUUAUUUUCUUAUUUCCUGUUCUGUAGCAAAUAAAAUGUAUUUUAUUC